AUGGAGAAUCGAGGUGUGCCUCCCGGGCCUUAUCGGGCCACCAAGCUGUGGAAUGAAGUUACCACAUCUUUUCGGGCAGGGAUGCCUCUGAGGAAACACAGGCAACACUUUAAAAAAUAUGGCAAUUGUUUCACAGCAGGUGAAGCAGUGGAUUGGCUUUAUGACUUACUAAGAAAUAAUAACAAUUUUGGUCCUGAAGUUACAAGGCAACAGACUAUCCAACUGUUGAGAAAAUUUCUUAAGAAUCAUGUAAUUGAAGAUAUCAAAGGUCGAUGGGGGUCAGAAAAUCUUGAUGACAACAAUCACCUAUUCAGAUUUCCUACAACUUCCCCACUUAAAACUCUUCCAAGAAGGCAUCCAGAAUUGAGAAAAAACAGCAUAGAGAACUUAUCUAAAGAUAAUAUUUUUAAAUUACGAAACUUAUCUCGUAGGACUCCUAAAAAGCAUGGAUUACAUUUCUCUCAGGAAAAUACAGAGAAAAUAAAGUGUGAAUCAAUCAAUGAAGACCAAGAAAACUCAGUUGAUAAUAGAGAAAUAAGCCAGGGAGAUGUUGAAGAAGUUUGGAGAUAUAUUAUUCUGAUCUACCUGCAAACCAUUUUAGGUGUGCCAUCUCUGGAAGAAGUCAUAAAUCCAAGUCAAGUUAUUCCUCAACAUAUAAUGUACAACAUGAGCAAUACAAGUAAACAUGGAGUAGUUAUACUACAAGACAAAUCAGAUGACCUCCCUCACUGGGUAUUAUCUGCCAUGAGAUGCCUAGCAAAUUGGCCAAAAAGUAAUGAUAUGAAUAACCCAACUUAUGUUGGAUUUGAACGAGAUGUAUUCAGAACAAUUGCAGAUUAUUUUCUAGAUCUCCCUGAGCCUCUACUUACCUUUGAGUUUUAUGAAUUAUUUGUGAAUAUUUUGGUUGUUUGUGGCUACAUCACAAUUUCAGAUAGAUCCAGUGGGAUACAUAAAAUCCAAGAUGAUCCACAGUCUUCAAAUGUCCUUCACCUAAACUGUUUGAAUUCCUUCAAAUCAACUGAGUGUCUUCUUCUCAGUCUGCUUCGUAAAGACAAAAAUAAAGAAGAAUCAGAGUCUGCUGAGAGACUGCAGAUAAAUGAUCAUGGAUUUCAAGAAAGAUGUACUAGGAAAAUGCAACUAGUUAAUUUAAGAAACAGAAGAGCAAGUGCUAAUGACAGAAUGGGAGGAAGUUGUCAUAAUUUAAUAGGCUUAAGUAGUAUGCAUGUUCUACCUUCUAACAUCAAACCAAGGUGCUGUUCUUUGGAAGGAAUUGUAGAUAUGCCAGGGAUUUCAAGUAAAGAGGUCUCCAGUGUCUUCCAUCAAUCUGUUUUGAGCAUAGAAGGACAAACUAAUAAACAAUUUAUAGCAUCUAAUCCCAAACAAGAAUCCCUACCAAAUCUUCAUUCGGAAGAAAAUAUUCAAAAACCACCCUGUGUUGUUUUUAAGAGAACUUCUACUUUGACUUUUCAAGACCAAGAGGCAUUGUGUAGUGGGGACUGCAAGCCAAAGCAGCUUUGUAGAUCUCAGAGUUUGCUUUUAAGAAGUAGUACAAGAGAGACUAGCUAUAUCAAUUUACCAGUGGCUGAAAUUACCAUGAAACCAAAUUAUAGCAAUCAUCUCGGACAAGGCAGCACAAAUGUGCAAACAGCUAUGGAAUGUGAACCCCGAGAGUCUAGUGCCACAAUCAAUAAAAGACUCUGCAAAAGUACAGUAGAACUUUCAGAAAAUUCUUUUCCUCCAGCUUCUCUGUUGACUGGCACACAAAGUUUGUUGCAGCCUCAUUUAGAGAGGGUUGCUAUCAGCGCGCUACAAUUAUGUUGCUUGUUACUUCCCCCACCAAAUCGUAGAAAGCUUCAGCUUUUAAUGCGCAUGAUUUCACGUAUGAGUCAAAAUGUUGAUAUGCCCCAACUUCAUGAUGCAAUGGGUACAAGAUCACUGAUGAUACACACUUUUUCUCGGUGUGUCUUAUGCUGUGCCGAAGAAGUGGAUCUUGAUGAGCUUCUUGCUGCAAGAUUAAUUUCUUUCUUAAUGGAUCAUCACCAGGAAAUUCUUCAAGUACCCUCGUACUUACAAAUUGCAGUGGAGAAACAUCUUGACUACUUAAGAAAGGGUCAUAUUAAAAAUCCUACAGAUGGACUUCUUGCUCCUUUGCCAACUUACUCAUACUGUAAGCAGAUUAGUACACAGGAGUUUGAUGAACAAAAAGUUUCUACCUCUCAAGCUGCAAUUGCAGAACUUUUAGAGAAUAUUAUUAAAAAUAAGGGUCUGCCUCUUAAGGAGAAAAGGAAAAAACUAAAACAGUUUCAGAAGGAAUAUCCCUUGAUAUAUCAGAAAAGAUUUCCAACCACAGAGAUUGAAGCAGAACUUUUUUGUGACAAGCCUACAAUCAAGCAACCAAUGCUCAUUUUAAGAAAACCAAAUUUUCGUAGUUUAAGAUACUAACUGAAUUAAAAAUUAUGUAAUACUUGUGGAACUUUAAUAAGCCAUUCCUGAGAAUACAGAUACUAUAAAAAGGAAGCUUAUUAUUAAUAGGUUUUCCUAAAUAAACAAACUAUGUAUAAGGAAGUGCCAAAAUAGUUUAAGAAACAUUUUCCGUGUGAGACUAACAAACUAUUGGAUCUCAACUAAAAGCAAAUAAUAGUGAGAAUAGUGAUACCAAAUAUUUAACCAGAAACAAUCUUCUCUCUUUUAUACAACUAUUUGGAAAAGCUAUCAUGAUGUGUGCCAGAAAUUUAUUUACUUGAAUUUUUU